CUUCCCACCUUACCAUUGAUUACACUUGUUGCGUUGACUCCAAAUGAAGACAAUCUCAAGGCAUGACUUUCCAUCUUCCUCUCUCUCUCUCUCAUCUUCCACGCCUUUCUUUUUCUCUUUCAUCUUCAUCAUCGUUUCCCUUUCGUCUUAUAUUAACUUGACAAUUUGAUUUAAUUUUGAUCAAAACAAUUUACCGAGAAUCUGGUAAAGUUGAAGCCUUGUCUCGCAACUGCUACCAAAUUACCCAAAGUUAAAGAUCAAUUUUCUUGUUCAAUUUUUCAUUGAUUAACAUCAAUGUAGACAAGAAAGUUGAACACUUUUACUUUGACCAACUGAAUCAAUGAACAUUUUACAGGUUAAACCUUUUUUUGUAUCACAAUUUGAAAAAUUAAAUUGUGUUUCAACGAAAGUUUAAAGUUGAAUCAACUUGAAUCACUUUCAACUUUUGUUUUGACCAAAAACAGAGAGAAAACAUUAUUCUGUUUUUACUUCUGUUUUGUUUCUCCAUUGAGUGACCAUUAGGAAGUUUUAAGACAAUUUGAUAUUAAUGAAGUCUUUAUUAUCAAACCAAGUGACAUGGUUAACCCUGACCUUUGGCCUUGUGACAAUGGUUAAUACCAUUCCAGUGACUAUCAACGAGAAUAACAUUAAUCAACAUUCAAAUCAUCAACCAGUCAAUCCAACGACUAGUUUUAAUCAAAAAGUAAUCCUUUCUUUGCAUCAACAUCUUCAACCAACAUUACAACCAUCAACAUCAUCAACAUCAAUUGCAACAAAAUUAUCAUCUAAUCAAGCAAAAAGUCACAAUCCUAAUCAUAAGGAUAAUUUAGGACAUCAACAAGGGUCAGCAAUCAAGCGGCCUGAGAGGUUAAAAAGAUCUGCAAUGUUAUUGAAUAAAAUAGUGAGCGCCUUACAUAAAGCGAUGGAUAAUAAUAAAUCUCGUUCCAAUAGAAUUUAUUUGGACUCUUAUCAAUCUUCAUUAUCUUCAAGUCAACAAAUGGAUCUUUCGAGGCGAACAGGAUCCAAGAAAAUGUUUCGUAAAUGUUACUUUAAUCCGGUUGCAUGCUUUUAAUCGAGUUUAUUCCAACAUUUGCAGAAAAAUAUUUUCUUUUUCAAGUUAAAUUGACCACUCAAUUUCCUGUUCCUGUUAACAUUUAAACUUGAAAUGUCAAUGAUAGGAUAAAGUGGAAAGAUAAUUGGAGAAAAGAGUUCAAUAAAACAUGAACUAUCGUAAAUCUCAUUCUGGUCACCAAUUCAAUAAUGCAAAACAAAACGAAAUUAUGGUUGCCAUUUCUCUUUUUUUUGGUUGAAACACUUAUCGUCACUUUCAAUUCAAGUCUUUUUUUAAUUUCAAUUUUGGUUCAUUGAAAUUUAAGAUUAAGUUAUUUCAGUGUCAAGCCAUUGAUCAAUGUUUUAUCUUCGAUAUUCAUAAAUGGAUGGAAUCAAACAAGCAUGAUCAACAUUCCCAUAAUUCUCAAUCUCAUCAUCAUGCUUAAUUUCAUUUUGUUCACCUUAAUAUUUGUUUUUUCUUCUGUUAAUAACGAAUCGAUUGUUUUAAUAUUUGUUCAAAAUAAUUCGAAAUAUAUUAAUGCAUUUAAAAAAGCAACAAAAUUGUCUAAUUGAUAAUAAUUCUCAUUUGGAUCAUCAAGAUAACGGAACGAAUGGAUCCACUCAAGGCUAAUAAGAUUUCAUUUUCCUUUUGAGUUAAACUCAUCAACUCGGAACUCUGAAAUUCCAAUCUCGUUCGAUAAAAUACUGGAUUCGCUGAAUAGUCUGUUAAAUUGUUUAAUGUUCAGCUGAAACAAUUGAUUACAAUUGAAUAUUUUUGUAAUUCUGAGUAAUAAAUGUUGAUAUUAAAAA